AUGAAGCCGCUUUCGCUGCUGCUGUGGCUGGCGCUGGUUCCUGUAGCUUGGAGCCAAGCGAGAAGUGGCGGUGAGGAUGACACGUCUGAGGAGGAGGAAGAUGAUGACGACGGCAAGGACACUGACGGCGUUGCCUCGAUCGGGCAUCUGGCAUCGGUGCGAAUGCUGAAAAUGGAUCGAGUCCAAUUUGGUGCGGGUCAUGUCUGUGCUGGCUCCCUGAUCCGCGACAAUGCAGUGCUGACUGCGGCCCAGUGCUUUGUGGACCGGGAGACCGGUGAUGGCCACUUCCUGCCCAUGUCCGAGUUCUUUGUGGUGCUGGGCACGCCCAAUCGCUUCGAGGACAGCCCCAACACCUUGAAAUUCGAACUGAAACAUCGCGUCCUCAUGCAGGACAUGUUCGAUAUGAAAUUUCACGAAAUGGACGUGGCGCUGCUCAUCCUCAACGGCAGCGUGCCCCAGCCACACCCUGCGGUGCAGCCCAUCCAGAUCGCAGACCAAAUCUUUGGGCGCAAAACCGAGUGCCAGAUGUCCGGCUGGGGCCGCGACCCAACCGGCUACAGCUCCGAGGCGGCCGUGUCCGUGCGAGUUCCCUUUAUUGGACCCCGGAUUUGUCUCAUCAAGCAGAUGAUGCAAGAGUUUUUCGUUCAGCCGGGCAUGAUCUGUGCCAAGCACUUUGGGAAGGUGAAGCGCGGCUACUGCACGGGGGACGCGGGCGGUUCGCUGGAGUGCGAGGGCCAGCUGGCGGGCAUCGUGUCGUGGGGCAUUAGUUGCGACUCGCCCUACCAUCCCGGCAUCUACACCGAUGUCCUCUACUACACCCAAUGGAUAAACGACAGUCUGGCCAAUCCCACGCAACUCGACGACUACUUUGCGUCUGUCGUUCAGCCAAUGAUCAGUGGUGCCUUCGGAAGGAGCAGCCUUAUUGUUUACCAUUUUAUAUUUAUUUUAUGCACGAAUCAAUAG